AUGUCCGGAGUUGAUUUAUCUUGCAACCAGUUAAGUGGUGAAAUACCGAAGGAACUCAGUAAUCUUACCGAGAUUCAUGCAUUAAACUUGUCACAUAACCACUUUACUGGAGUAAUACCAUCAGAAUUCUCAAAUCUCCAGAAUAUUGAGAGUUUGGACCUGUCAUACAACAACUUGACGGGGAGUAUUCCCACUCAACUUCUAAAGUUGACCACUCUAGAUGUUUUUACCGUGGCACAUACUAUUCUAACAGGUAGAACUCCACAGCGUUCUGUGCAGUUUGCAACUUUUAACGAAAGCAGUUAUGAGGGAAAUCCUUUUCUUUGUCGUCUUCCAUUGAACAUCAGUUGCAUGUAG